AUGAAUGCCCCUGCUUCGCACUGCUGCCGCGCUCUCCAACGCCAGAUCGUACCCUCUCGAGACUCAGUGUGGAUCGCCGACAGCUUGCUAGCCAGCGCAUUUGAGCGAUAUUGUAAUGUCUCUAGGACCUGGAACAGGAAGGCUAGCAAUGUCCCGGGGCCGCUCGAGAGCCAACGCCGGCUGGGACGGCGACGCAUGGGAGACAUCAAUGCCUGGCAAUGCCCCCCGACACCGCCCCCCUGGGCAUUCUCCGUGCCCCUAAACCUGUCGAAAUGGACCUGGGAGCCACCCACAUCCGCCUACGCUGUCGAACAGGGCCAGUCACGGCGCGACCUCAUGCCCGGAUGGCUGCAAGAAUUACUGCCGCAACGCGCCGAGCAGCCGUCGAUGGCCUUGUCCGUGCUGCCGCUGCCCGAUGUGAGCUUGUCGACGGCCCAUGCAGCGCCAGAUCGUCCGUCGUUUACCUCCGACAUGGAGACCUUCCGAUGGGCGGUUACGCACGCCACCGAUGCCACCCUCGAGUCUUACGUCGAGAACAUCGCCCGGACAUUUCAGCAUCUGAUCUUCUUGGGUGAAAUAGCCCCUUCCGAUGUCAUGCCGCUGGCGUCAGAAAUCUGGUCUGCUCUAGACUCGAGAUUUCGAGGUUCGGACCUCUUUACCCAAGUUAUGGCGGCGUUACCUGCAGCCUAUCAGGGCAUGGCUUCCGAGGGUAUCCUAUCCGUGCUGAACCGGUUUUUCUCAAGCUGGAGCUGCUCAAAGGAUGAGCCAGAUGCGGCCAGCAUCGCCCAGCUGCUGAAUGCAACUAUGUCCGGGCAGUCGUCAGGAGCAUCGUCUGGGAGUCUUCGCCAGGCCAUAGCAAUUUCAACAGCUCUUCAGUCUUUCUCUCCGGAAGAGCCGGGCGGCUUACUGCGUGCUGCCAAUACGCUCGUGCUUCGCCAGACAACUAUCUCGGCAAGGUUGCGAUACAACUGGCUCUGCGUGCUGGCGCUAUUACCACGCGUUAGUCAGGACUUCUGGUUUGACUUGGCUGCCGUCCUUUCAGAUGCAUCGCGAGAGACUAGGCCCAUGACGGGCGUCGAACUAUGCUCGCUGCUGCUGACUCAAUGGAAAAGUCGAGGAUACAUCAAAUGCCCUCGGAGAUUCUAUGGUACAUACACGCGAUACAGCGCGGGACACGAUGAAGCAGCCAUUGCAUCCCUUUUCAUGACAAUAUUUCGCCAUGAGCAACGCGAGACGCACACGGGCCUCUACUGGAGCGCCUGGAGGCUCCUCACCAAGCUGAAUCUCACUGACUACGCGCUCCGCUCUCUUGCCUUUGAUGCUGCAUCAUUCGAAUUGCCUCUGUCGAUGCUGCAGAAUCUUGCGUGGACCUGUGACGACCAUCGCAUAGCAAUCCGCAUUCGCGACUGGUACAUGAAUGAGCUCCGGCAGCCACGAGGACCUGAGUGGAACCCCGCUGUUUUUGAGAAAUACGCCAAGAGGAUUGUUCUCGACUCAACCCUUUCGCCCAAGGAGAUAUGGCGUGUCUUGGGUAUCAACGCGUUCGAGAACCGGAGGAAGAGCACAUGGGAGAAGACUCGCCGGCAUCGUGGCACAUACGGGAAAAGCAGAGUGCAAAUCGUCAAAGAAGUGUCGACAGUAUUUGCUAAUGCACCUCACCUACCGAAUCGAGUGGCUUUUCGCCACGUAUACCAAGCCUUUCGCUACAUUGAGGCGAUCGAGGGCCGCGUUCCUCUGGCCGUCAUCAUGGAUCUCUAUCACGUCCUCACCAGAGAUUUGGUCCACCGGCAGCCAGGGAGAACCAAGCGCUUGUUAUGGUUUGUUACAGUGCUCCAAAGGACGUAUGGCGUUGAGCUUGCGUGGAAUUGUCGCCUUGCGCUGAGGCAUUGGCGACAUAGGUUGAAGCAGGCGUGGCUAGACAUGGGGGGCAAUGGGGGCCCAUGA